ACACACACUCUGGCACUCGCUGUCGAGAAGGAUCAACUCACAGCAGCUUCUCCCGUGGCACCUGGUAUAGACUUGCGUGAGAAGGAGGGAGGUCUGCUCUAAGAUCACCUGGAGCAGGUGGAGGAGAACCUGUCACGGCUACCGUCUGACUCCCUCGUGGGGAACCUGACCCGCCUGAUGUCAAACGAGGAGUGCCGUUCGCCCAUCGGCCUGGACUGCUGCAGCUGCUGUCUGGAUCUGGCCAAUGGCUGCGAGCCUGAGCCGGGCCAAGCGAGCCUGGGCAGUCCAACAUCAGUCAACCACUUCAAACAGCUCCGGGACCAGCUUCACUUUCAGAACCUAAACACAGAUAAGCUCAACAACAUCAUGAGACAGGACUCACUGGAGUCGGUGGUCCGGGACCCCUGUUACCUGCUCAACGAGGGCAUCUGCAACAGCAACAUCGACCAAACCAUGCUGUCCAUUCUGUUGUUCUUCCACAGUGCCUCUGGCGCAAGCGUUGUGGCAAUUGACAACAAGAUCGAACAAGCGAUGGAUCUUGUAAAGAAUCACUUAAUGUAUGCAGUCAGAGAAGAAGUGGAGAUCUUGAAGGAGCAGAUCAAGGAGCUGGCAGAGAAAAACAACCAGUUGGAGCGUGAGAACAGCCUGCUGAAGAACCUGGCGAGCCCAGAGCAGCUGGAGAAGUUUCAGUCCCGUCUGCCCUCAGACUCCAGCCUCCCCCUGGAGCCUCUGGAGCUGGGCUCCCCCGAGAACGGCGAGCACCAGUACAUCAGCACGGGGUCUGCUGUAUAAGUGGCUCUGCCAUGGGGCGGGCAGAGCCACAGCUCUCACCUGAAAUGGACCUCCAGAUAUGCAACUUCAAGAUGAAGCUGGCUGUACAGAUGAAACCUGACCUGAAAUGAAAGCAUUACGACGUACCAGUGGCCAAGUUCUGUAUUAUCCGACAAUCUCUUCGGACUAACAUGGAAAAGAGAGAGUGAUGUAGACGUCUGAGGUUACUGUACAACGGGACUGACGUGCCCCUUGCUUGGAAGGGGGCCCAGCCUUGCUUUCCUUUGGUCCCUCUCACGAAGAGACGGAGAGGGGUUUGCCUGAUGGAGCUGGCCAAGAACGCAUCUUCGGUCAAGCCAAGGAAAUGUACGUCCCUACGAGAUGCCCCCACAGUUUGACGAGAGCCCCACCUGACGCAAGCUGUACGGGACUCUUGUUCCUGCCCUCCGUGUCACUGAUCCCUAGUGCUGUGGACAUUCUUAGCUCCCGUAGUUCAGGACGCUUGAGACGGACCUGUACGGAGCACCGGUCCUCUCGUCCACAGCGGUGACUCCUGCCAUAUGAUUUGUAUAGCAUCGCUUGUAUCUCUGCAGAUGGGGUCUGCUGCUUAUGGGGAUUAUUGCUUGUUUGU